CCAUGCUCGGCAGGUCCGGGUACCGGGCGCUGCCCCUGGGGGACUUUGACCGUUUCCAGCAGUCGAGCUUCGGCUUCCUGGGCUCGCAGAAGGGCUGCUUGUCCCCGGAGCAGGGCGGCGUGGGGCCGGGGGCCGAUGCGCCUCAGAGCUGGCCCUCCUACUUCUGCCACAGCCUCAUCAGUUUCCUGGGGUUCUUGCUGCUGCUGAUCACCUUUCCCAUCUCUGGCUGGUUCGCCUUGAAGAUUGUGCCCACCUAUGAGCGGAUGAUCGUGUUUCGACUGGGCCGGAUCCGCACCCCUCAGGGGCCUGGCAUGGUUCUACUCUUGCCCUUCAUUGACUCCUUUCAGCGGGUGGAUUUGAGGACACGAGCUUUCAAUGUCCCUCCCUGCAAGUUGGCCUCUAAGGAUGGGGCUGUGCUGUCCGUGGGGGCCGAUGUCCAGUUCCGCAUCUGGGAUCCGGUACUGUCUGUGAUGACUGUGAAGGACCUGAACAUGGCCACGCGCAUGACGGCCCAGAACGCCAUGACCAAGGCCCUGCUCAAGAGGCCUCUGCGGGAGAUCCAGAUGGAGAAGCUCAAGAUCAGCGACCAGCUCCUGCUGGAAAUCAAUGAUGUGACCAGGGCCUGGGGGUUGGAGGUGGACCGAGUGGAGCUGGCAGUGGAGGCCGUGCUCCAGCCCCCCCACGACAGCCCAACGGGGCCCAGCUUGGACAGCACCCUCCAGCAGCUGGCCCUCCGCUUCCUGGGAGGAGGCCUGUCCUCCGUGGCGGGAGGUGCUUCAGCCCCAGGGUCAGACACCUUGGAGAUGGUGAGCGAAGCUGAACAGCCUGCCCCUCACGUUGGUGCUGGGCCCAGCCCAAAGCAGCCCGUGGCCGAGGGCCUGCUGACUGCCCUGCAGCCCUUCCUGUCGGAGGCCCUGGUCAGCCAGGUCGGGGCCUGCUACCAGUUCAAUGUCAUCCUGCCCAGUGGUACCCAGAGCAUCUACUUCCUCGACCUCACUACAGGGCACGGGAGGGUAGGACACGGGGUGCCUGACGGCAUCCCAGAUGUGGUGGUGGAGAUGGCGGAAGCGGACCUGCGGGCCCUUCUGUGCAGGGAGCUGCGGCCCCUGGGGGCCUACAUGAGUGGGCGGCUAAAGGUGAAGGGUGACCUGGCCAUGGCCAUGAAGCUGGAGGCUGUCCUCAGGGCCCUAAAGUAGCAGCUUUGGCUGACUGUCCAUAGCCCAGCCCCAAGUCUGGCA